GUAAUCUAUGGUUUCUGAUACGCAAAUGUCAAAUUGAAAUUUAGCUGGAUUGUUUGUGAAAUUCAAACAGAAAUACCGUAAUUAGAGAUGGACUUCAACAAGUUAGUCCGAGAUGCAGGAACUGCGCUCAGUCGCGUUGUGCAACUGACGGAAGAGAAGCUCGGCACGUCUGAGAAGACAGAACUGGACGCUCACUUUGAGAACCUAGCUGAGCGAUCAGACACCACUAAGCUAUGGACGGAGAAGAUACUUCGGGACACAGAGGCCGUCCUCACGCCAAACAUAGGGAACCGAGUUGAAGAUUUUUUGUUUGACAAGAUAGACAAAAAGAGGCCGAACCGCCUCAGUAAUUUGGAGUAUCUCGGGCUUGACAUGAUCGAAGGUGGUAACGAGUUUGGCCCGGGAACUGCCUAUGGCAGCGCCCUGAUCAAGGUGGGGCAGUGCCAGCAGAGACUGGGCCAGACGGAGCGGGACUUCAUCGUGUCGGCCAGCCAGUGCUUCGCGCAGCCGCUCCGGAAGUUCCUCGACGGGGAGAUGAAGACCAUCCUGAAGGAGCGCAGCAUCCUGGAGAGCAAGAGGUUGGAUCUAGAUGCUUGCAAGAACAGGUUACGCAAGGCUAGAAGCAUGCAAGGACAACAAACUGCCGAGAAGGACUUGCGGGUGGCGCAGUCGGAGUUUGACCGCCAAGCGGAGAUCACGAAGCUGCUGCUGGAGAGCAUCGGCAGCUCGCACGCCAGCCACCUGCGCUGCCUGAGCGAGUUCGUGGAGACGCAGACGCGCUACUACGCCCAGUGCCACAGCGCCAUGCAGGACCUGCAGCGCGACCUCAGCGGUUUCCCUCACUCCGCGGUGAGUGGCAACCCCCAGAUCGUGGUGAAUUCCCAGACGCCAGAUAGUAGUAGACCCGGCCAGCAGAGAGCGAGGGUACUCUACGACUAUGAUGCCAAAGACUCGUCCGAGCUGAGUCUCAUGGCAGACGAGGUGAUAACUGUGCACAAAAUCGCAGAGUCUGAAACUGACUACCUGAUGGGUGAGCGCGGCAGCCAGAAAGGUAAAGUACCAGCAGCUUUCCUCGAGUUGCUUAGCAACUGAAGACAUCUGCAAGACAAGCUCAUCUCUUUAGCGUACUGUUGAGAAAUUAUUUUGUCUGCCAUUUUAAAGAUGGCUGAUUCUCGAAGCCACAUAAUUCCUUUUUAUAGUUGUAAAUAUAUACAUAUAUCUGAUGUAUAGAUAUAAAAUUGUGUAAUAAGUCCUGUUUUAGAGUGAGCAGAAUGUAUUAUAAUUAUUACCGCACUUCUUUUGUUAUUUUUUUAUUUACCUACUUCACUAUUAUAUAGUUUGUAACACAUUCCAAAAUAGUUUUUAGCUGUGAUUUGUUAACUCUGUAUUGGUUAACUAGAGCAUAUAAUAUAGGCAAUAAAUACCAGUAGGGGCAUGCAAAUAGGUUUGUAAGAGUUCAAAACACUUCUGGUUGAACAUUUUUUUUAGGCAAUGUAUUCUUAAUGCUGUACAGCCUCUCGUUAGUGUGUUAAUCUGUUAAUACAAGUAUAAUUCACCCAUGGACUCUACCUAUUACUACUAACAACUAACUUCAGUCAUUAAAACAAUUUUAAACAUUGAAUUUUCAAGAACCUCUAUGUAAAUUAAAUAUACAAAAUCAUUUUUCAUCAAACAUUUUUAUAGCUUUUUAAUAGCAUUUUAUGUUUUUCAUUGUGUUCUAUUGUUUAAAAUUACCCAGUUUUUCUUUGUAGAAACUAUUUUUUAUCCAGUCCUCGUACAUCAACCACAUAUUUCUGCUUGUUUGUUUUGAGAUCUCGCCAGUUGAUGGCAGUGUGUAGGUUCGCUUGUAUAGUCUAUUACCUUUUUUCGUGGAAAUACUUGUUUGCAGCAACUUUGAGUUGUGUGAAACUAUUCCCUUGAGAAGCUCGAUGUUUGGCAUCAUAGGGUUCAGUCUGCUCUGUUGAUUGUGUACUCAGAAGUGGCACACAGACUGUUCUCUGACACGUGCCACACACGUGUUCCUGUUGUAACCACGAGCCCAGCAUGCUGCUGUGUUCAGCUCCUAGCAGUUAGGCAUAUAUAUGUAAAAUUUUUUAGUUCCUAUCAAAUUGAAAGUCACAUUAAAAAAAAAACUAUUUUUAUGUGGUACAAUGAUUUCAAUUACUUAAUGGCAAUUAUAAAAAGUAUGUUUAUCAUCAGCUUUUUAGGGAUUUUUUUAUGCAGUGGUGCAGUGGUAGCCUUUGUUUCAACUUAUCAAAAAAAAAUUCUUAAUUACAAACUGUUCCCCCCUUCCCUCUGUCUUCUCUCUCUCUCUCUCUCUCUCUCUCUCUCAAUCUCUCUCUCUUCCCCCCCCCCCCCCCCCCCGCAAGUUUUAACGUUUGAACUAGCCGUUCUGCUGUUCAUUGUGUACUUGCUGAAAAAAACUCUUGGGUAAUUAUUUAAGGCCCAUUAGUAUAUUAAAACUGUGAUGUACACAUUAUUAUUGUAUCACAAUAACAAACAAGUAGUAUUCGUUACUUGGAAGUGCAAGUAUUGGAAAUUGAAUUGGAUGCGAAUGAUAAGUUAUUCAUUUUGGUAUUUUAAAUUUUGAAUACCUAUUUGUACAGAUUUAACAAUUAGUUGAGGAAAAUCUAAGCAAAAGCCUCAAUGGUGAAUCCACUGGAGUAUUGUAAUAUUCACUUUCUUUUAAUAUCUGAUAGUCAUAUUAAUUUUGGAAAUUUGGUUUUACUGUACAACUGUAUUGAUGAACAUAAAGCAAUCUCAAACCAACUGAGAUUGCUUAAUACUUAGAAGAAUGUUUUUUUUUUUUUUAACAGUUUUGAGCAUUUUCUGUUCAGUUUUUUUUUUUUUUUGCAUGCCCCUACAUUUUAAAAUGAGCAGAACAGUUAAAAUAUGUUGUAAAUGUAUGAAAUGAGUGAAUAAGGGUUUGGGUUGAAUUAGAUACCGCACGUAUAGUAAUUUUGUUUUUGUCACGAACCAUUCCAUAAAUGUUCGUUGAGCCUGUGGUCGGAGUUAUUGUUGAUACCUAAGCUACACGUAAAGUAGAUGACAUAGUUUUUAUACUUUAUGUUACUGAUGUAUUAUUUAAUGUGAUUGUGUUUGUACAUGCAUCAGCAUUCCAUGUAAGUGGCUGCAACACAUUUGUUUGUUACAGCCAGUAAUUAUUGCAAUAAGGUGACAAUACUAGUGAGCAUACAAAGCACCAAUAGUUUAAAUAUAGUAAACACCAAUUCUUUGCUACAUGUGUAAUCAUCGAGAGUGUAAAUUUGAAUUUAUAUAGUUUUACUUAGUAAAUUGAAAUAAGUGUGUGUGUUGUGGUAAGUUGCUAUGUUCUCAGUACUUACCCCCACAGAUACAUAUGUGUAAUAGCUUGUCUCUUGAAAUUAUUAUUUUUUUUUUACCUUAUUGAAGGUAGGUCUGACCCCUAAUUUGAAGCUCAAUUUUUUUUUUUUACAAUGGUGUUCUUAAUAUUAUUGAAAAUACUUUUUUUUAAAAACUAAAACUGUGUUUUUUAAACAAUAAUUGUAUUCAAAAUCUCAUGUUGUAAUUUAAUAUUAAAGAUAUACUAUACAUAAUAUUUAUACUACAUAAAAUAUCAUAUGCAUUGUUAACAUUGCCUUGCUGUUAAAAUUUUUCAGAAUGAUUCAAUAAUAAUUGUGUAUCGAAAGACAGCUUGUAUUUUAAUUGUACUUGAAAACAAUGCCACUGGGUCAUUUCAUGCCAAUUUUCCUGAUUUUUAGAAUAUGGUCCUGCCUCCUCGUCUCAGAUUUUGUGAAAUAACCAAAUUAAAAUCAUGUUUGGUUAUAAUUUUUCCAUGGAAACUCCUGAUUGAAAAUUUUUUUGAUCAGUACUGGAUGCUAAAUAAAUUUUUUUUUUUUGCAAUUGUUUUGCAUUAUUUGUUGGUGUACAAAAAAGGAGUGUAAAAAUAUAUUUCAUCUAGCAUCUAAAUAAGCUUCAUAGAAAGUCAGGGAAUUUUAAACGAUUCAGGGAAAACCUGGAAAAGUUAUAGAUAAGCUUGUAAUGGUAUCUUCAAUGGCCAUUCAUUAUAAAAAUGUGAGUUAGCUGUAUCAUUUUCAAAAUUGUGUGCAUAUUACCAUAUUCAUCCAAUAAUAUACGCAGAAUUUUUUUUUUUUAAUAUGUGUUUAGAAGCACGGUGCAUGGCUUAUUCAGUACUUGUUAUGGGAAGAAAGUCGGCGUAUACGGUACAUGACUGGAGGGUAAAAAUAAGAUUGUGACCAAACCUUUAAUGGUGCUUCACUGCAGUAAACAAAACAUCUUCGGUUGGCAUGGCACUCAUUAUUUUUCAGUCAUGACCAAAUUUUUUCCUCUCUUCAAGGUAAACAUAUCAUUCACAGUUAAUCCAUAAAUAAAAUAUUUUCUGCCUAAUAUCUUACAAUUUACUUCAAAAAUUUUAAUGCAAGUAUUGAAACUUUUAAUACUAUUCUUGCAGCAAGAAUAUAGUGUGAAAUAAUAACUGGUAGACGUCUACAAUGAUACCGAGAAUGCUAUAUUUUUAUUACAGGAAACCUUACGGCAUGUUAUAAAUUGGGGUUAUUAUGCAAGUUCGAAAAAAAAAAUUGUUAUUACAAGUGUUCCAAAAAUUUAAGACUCAGAAAAAUAAUAGUAGAAAGCAUGUGUAAAAAGUUGACACAUAAAAAUAUAUGUAGUUUUCUGCUGAUUUGAGCAAUCAAUGAUUUGAGCAAUCAAUGAUUUGGAUGCUGUGAUUUAAAAAAAAUUUGGGAGAUUCUAGUAAGUAGUCAUUUAUAUGCCCUUAGCAGGUAACAUUUCAUUUAAAAAUGGUAACUGAUGUAAUGAACAACAAGGAAUGUGUAUAAUUCUUGGCAUAACUGAGCUCAGGUGUGUAUAGAACUGUUAUCUGCAGAAGUUACUCCUCGUAUGUGUAAUCAUUGCAGUUUUGAUUAGUGUUGUUGAUUGUACAAAUUUAAUGUUUCUACUUCCAGUUUUGAUUUCUUACUAUUUAAGAUGAAGUUGAAAUAACAUGUUAUAAAACCAGUUGGUUAUUUUAGAAAAUGUCUUUGCGUAUGCAUUUACAAAUAUAAAUAUAAUAAAUAUUACAUAAUUAUAAUGUAGAUAAGUAUUUGAGUGACCUUACCCUUUGCUAUAUACAUUGAAUUGUUUGUGCUGGAAUUUUUGUAAAGACAUUAUUACAAAAUACCUAGUCUUAUUUCCAAUAAUAUUUAAUACAGUAUGAAACGUUGCCCUACAUAAAUUGGCAGUAGUUUUGUGCUGGAAAAUGUAUUUAAUUAAUAAGCUCUAGUAAAAUACGAGUGGUACAAGUACGUGUCCUGUAGGCAAAGAGAUUGUCACUAAAGCAAAAUUUUACAUUAACAAUACUAGUUAUUUCAUUGUGUUUAGUAAAAAUCCUUUUUAUGAGAAAUUUGCAUUAUCAUGAUAUUUGUUAUAACAAGUGCUUGUUCUAAAAUCACUUAGAAAGUCAUAAGAACCAAUUUUAAAUAAAACAAUGCUUACAGUAAAAAUACUUUAUGAUCGUGAAAAUUAGUUUUUUUUUUAAUGUGUCAACCUAAAUCUUCAUAUUUUGAAUCCUUUUGAUUCCAUUAGAAUCAUUUGACUCAACCUAUUCCAGAAUUAGAGUCUGUCCAACACAAGUUUUUCAUAGUUGAUUAAAAAUGUUUUUUUUUUUUUUUUUUUUAAGCUAAACAUUGGUCUUAAUUUAGUAGAUUUUUUAACUGUAGACUACCACUUAUUUUAUUUUAUUUUUUGAAUGUUUUAUCAUGUUUGCUUCCAUGACAGUUGUUUUAAGAAUGAAGAGAACAUUAACUUUUUAAUGUAAUUUGUGUGAUUCACUUCAUUUCUAUUGACUUGCAUAAUUUGUUAAUUAUUUGGCUGCAGUGAAAACUGGCUUGCACACACUACUGCUUAUCACAUAAACUCUGCUGAUUCUGCUUCCUUAUUUGACACAUAUUACUUGCGAUGCAUUAGUCUCUUUUUUUCACCUGCUUUGGUAUUGAAGCUCACAUUCAGCAUGGAAACUAGUCCCAAGUCCUUUCAGAGCAUUUAGGACCAUCUGUAAUUUAUUACAACUUUAUUAAUGUUUGCUGAAUUGUCCGUCUGUAGACUGGUUCGAUGCAAUUUAUCAUGCCCAUCCUUCACCCACUCAGUUAUUAUCUUCUUUACGUCUUCUAGCCUCGGUAUGCUACUGGAGUUAUCGCCCUUUCUUUUUAACUCCCCUCUCCUAAGUUAACCAAUCUGGUUACUCUGUAGUUUCCAGCCAGUUCGUCUCCUCUGUUCGCCGAACAUUGCCCCAAACUUCUGCCGUUGCCAUUUCGUUCUUGUGCAUUUUUGUUUGUUGCUCUAUCUCUCUGAACAAAUUUUCUACACAAUUAGUAAAAUAUUUUUCGAAAACUAUUCCCCAUAAAAUUACAUAAAAUAUUAGUCAAUUUUUGUUUCAGAAAUGUCUUUUCAGCAUUUUACCAAUAUGGUAUUUAAAUCAUCUUUGCUGUGGCCACCAUAGUAUAUUGUAGUACCCGCUAAAAAAAAAUUAUAUUGUUUAUCUUGUGCCAGUGUUAAUUAAUGCAGUGGACUCGGGGGUUCCGCUCACAAAGGCUGAGCUGAAAUAAAGGUUUUGACUUGGCACACAGGAUUGAAGAAGUGGACCGCAUUGUUUUGAGUGACGUGCUGUUUUUGGACAGUUUAUUAAUUGUUUAUUAAUAUAAAUUUAUUUACAUCAUGGUAACAAAUAAAAGCAUGAUAAAUAACUACACUUUCUUUUGUUUCAGUUUAAUAUUCAAACUGUCGUUCAGGUAGAAAUUUUUAAGUUAGUACGACAUUAUUUACUUGAAAAAAUGGUUUUGUGAGAAGUAAAAUAUUGUACCAGCAAUACUAUUCUGACAGUUCUAAUUGAUUGCAUAUGGCAAUAUGCUUAGGCCUUUGUAAGGUGGCGAUAACUUGAGUUUAUACUUUGUGUUGCCUCUCCUCCGGUGAGCGGUGCUGCAUGCAAGAGUGGAGUGUUGGUAGGAAUGAGCAGCUGUAGUGUGUAACAGGAUUGUUUGGUUGCAGUUACUUGUACGUAUAUAUGCUAUUUAUGCGAACUUGGUUGAUUAAAGACUCAAAAUUUUCUACUACCUGUGCCCGUGUGACCACUUUCUUAAAAUCCGUCUGUGGUUCUUUGUGAAUGUGCUACGGUGUUUGAGUUUUCGGAUUACUCGCGUCUCACAAAGGCAAUCCGAGUUUCGUCCCUGAAUCAAAAAAGUGAGAAACACUGCAGACCUUUGAAAAAGCGGGUGGGUUUUCUCGGGCAUGAAUGCUUUCAUCGCUGCUAUUUUGUUUGUGCUGGGCGAGAAUGCUGCUAGAAUGUUAAUUGUGAAUCCCAAAAUUUUUUUUUUUUCAUUCUUAACUUUGAAACAUUAGUCAUUUUUGUGGGCUCUGGCACUCCAGGCUUGCCAAACACCUAACCUGUGCAAGGAGUCUUUGAAAAACAUGCUUCCCAUUUCUUGUCUCCAGAGUUUACCCACCUGGAGGAUCCUGACUAGUCUUAAACAUUGUAUUCUUUAUGUCAAAUACAGGUUACCUCUGUCUAACCAGUAGCCCAUGGCCAUUUAUUAUGCACCAUUCUAUUUGUGCUGUAACUAUUCUGUACAUAACUAUUAAAUUAGUCAUAAAAUAUUUCAGGGUUUGCAGACAUAAUACUUAUAGUGGAAAACUCUGAAUAAGUCCUACUUAAAAGGCUCUAAAUUUAAAAUAUUUAUCUUUAAAGUUUAAAGUGCAUGUUAGUAAGCCUCUAAGAAUAAAGUAUAUAUGUUACAUUUUGGAAACUAAAGUGGCAACAAAUAUGUUUUAUUGUACCUUCUUCAUGUACCUAUGUAUCUAUCAUCUUUGCAGUUAAUGUUGUCAGCAGAAAAUCUGUGGCUCUUCACAUACAUAGUACAUAUCUAUUACAUUGUUUCUCAAGUGUAUACUAUUACUAAACAUUAUUUGUAUUUGUUACUGUAACUAAAUAUAUAAUUUUUAUAGUAAUAAAGUUAUAAAGUAAGUGU